UCAUUUCACAAUGGUCCCGCCCAUACAGUGCCGAGGCUGGCAGUGCAGUCGCUCCACACUAGAUGAGCAGCACGGAGCUCUUCUAACUUACAGGAAUAUGUCUACAGUGUGACUACCGUUAAGGAGAGUUUGCUACCACAGCACACUGAAGACCGGCUAGUGCAGUGUUGAAAGAAGCCCAGAGUGGAGCCCAGAGCCUGUUGAGGGCUAAUUAAAUCCCCGCCAUCGCCAACACCCCGCCCUCCCUCCUGUGGUUCACCAGAAAAGACAGAAAAACUGUCCUGAGCGGGAUAGCAUCCUCGCCUGCCUCCUCAUGUUCCUUCAGGACAAGCAGAGGGCAGGGCCAGCACACGCACCGUGCCGGCCGGGGUCAUGAGCUCCAUGACUGGGAUGGCUCUCCAGAAGAGGCUGGUGGUCUGCGCGGUGGCCGUGAGCGCUCUGCUGCUCGUCUACAUCCUGUGUGUGAACCUGGAGGGUCCUCUGUCCUUGCCCGUAAUGCCUCUCAGCUUCUCGCAGGUGUUGAGGAGCGACUCACAAAACUCUGGGGAGCCUCUCGACAGACAGAUCAACAGUGACCAGCGGACCCAUCCGCCCCCGGCCUCCACCCGAACAGUUCCGCAUGAACACACACGUGCCACACACACUCCAACUUUAAAGACUCAAACAUCCACAGCUGCUGGACACAAACCAGCAGAGAAUAAUGUCCUGGAUGUCUCAAAGUCCAGCUCGAGGUCUGAUGCUGUGGAUAAAGCCAAGACCAGGACCAGCACCAAAGGCCCCACAAUGCAGCCUCGGAGGCCCACACAGGCACCUGGACCAACAGAGCCUCCCUUCAUUGGAGACACUUACAUGAGUGACAACGUCCCUCCACAAACAGACUGCCCCGACGGUAUCAGAAGUAGAGUUGCAAAAACAGACUUCGGUGGGCGUUUUCUGAAGAAUAUUCCAGUCCUACAAUGGGCCAACCACACCACACGUGAACAGCACCAGCGCCUGAGCAAAUACCCAGGAGCACAUGGCUGGGGAGGGAUCGAUUACAAGACGCUGGUGGAAACUCUCUCUGUGCUCAACUCUUCUGCUAACUGGCGGAUGUUGGACGACUGGAAGAAUCGCAGCAACGGAUCUGAGUGUAUCCGAUGUGCUGUGGUGGGAAACGGAGGCAUACUGAAGGAUUCAAAGAAAGGGAAGGAGAUCGACGGUCAUGACUAUGUCUUCAGGACCAACGGGGCAAUCAUAAAGGGCUUUGAACAGGACGUGGGGUCUCGGACCACCCACUACACAUUCUCCACCAACACACUGAUGAACUCAAUGAGGAGCUAUGCGGGCGCCGGGUAUAAAGGACCCCCUUUAUCUGAGGAAACACGAUACAUCUUCCUGCCUGAUCAUGACCGUGAUUACCUCCUGAUGAAGGCCGCAGCCACACACACUCCAGUAGAGAGAGGGAACGAGCGAGGCAAAGAUCCAUCCAAGUACUUCGGAAAGGACGUGUCGGCACGGAAGUUGAAGAUGUACCACCCUGAUUUCAUCCGUUACCUCAGAAACAGAUUCCUUCGAUCUAAAGCUCUGAAAACCAAAUAUAAGGACAUUUACCGUCCGUCAACAGGUGCCACGAUGCUGUUGGCUGCGCUGCACACUUGUGACCAGGUGAGCGCAUACGGCUUCAUGACCCCGGACUAUAAGAACUACUCUGACCACUACUACGACAGAAGCUACCACUCGGUGGGCUUCUUCAUCAACCACGACCUGCGUAUGGAAAUGACUCUGUGGCAGCAGCUGCACCAGGCGGGGCUCAUACAGCUCUACAUGCACAAGUGAAUUAAGAUCGACCAGAGAUGAAGUCAUUCUGUCUACUCAGCAUACAUGUUACCAGUACAGUCGAGGGGAGACAGGAAGUUCAAAAGCAGGUGACCUUGCCUGUCUCCUUUCUCAAUGACUGUUCAUGACUCUCUGACUUGAGCGAAACAAACAGUAGCAGAGGUUUUCUUUUCAUGAAGGAAACAAGGAUUUUUUUAAAUUAAUUGACAGCUGCUAUGAUUGUUUAGGCGCAGAUUUAAUGUUAUUUAUCAACCUUGUUUGAAAAAAAAAAUUCUAACAAAAUUUUAUCUAAUUUUAACAAAAUUUCCCAGAAAACAUAUUUUUGGUGAUUUUCAGGUCAGAAUAAGUGCAGACAAAUAGGUUAAAACCAGGUUAAAUAUGGCUGAAAAGAUUUUAGCUGCUGUAGCUGUGUGGUCAUGUGGUAUUCAAACUCCCCAGAGGAUAAAUCCUUGUUACUUUGGUGAUAUUCUGACUCUCCGUCAAGCACCAUCAAGAGGUCAAAGCCUUCACUUAUCUACUGAAAUAUUUCGUCAUAUAUCAGACGGUUUGGCACAAACUGUUGUACAGAUGUUCAUGUUUCCAAGAUGAUGUAUCUUAAUGACUUUGACUUUUCAUGUAGUGUCACUGGCAGGUCAAACUUUCACUUUUAGGACCAAAUACCUGCAAACCUAAUGACAUUCCCAUCUGCAUUUAGCUAAUUAGCAUUUAGCAUCAGAUAUUUAGUGCUAAUUUGCACAUGUUAUCAUGCUAACACACACAGUAUACAUCUUAUCUGCUAGUUAAGGAUAUGGAUGGUGAUUUUCUGUAUUUGUCUUAUUGUCAACAAAUACAUCCAAGUAUUGUGCAUGUGUAUCCAAAGCCUGAUAAUAUCUUAUUCCUCUGUGCGGUAGACCUCCGUUGCUGUCCAAUAACUAUUUAAAAACCCGUCAGUUAGCCACACUGCUGCACCGGGUGACAUGUUCCUUCACGACAAAGAUUACGGUCAUGUUCAUUUUUUUAAAAAAUG